UCUUUGAUGAUGGGUUGGUGGUAACCAUCACAACAACACAAAGCAUGACAUGUCCAGGCAUAUUGGGGGGCAAAGCUGCCCCCUGCUGGUUUAAAAAUUAAACUGCACCUCACCGAAAUGUCCACUAUCACAACGCACCACCAGGGGGCGUCGUCGAGUCAACGACAACAACAACAAACAAAAAAAAACACUGGGUGACGACGACGCCAGACGAUUCAGUCAAAGAUGGCGUCUCUUCUGCAACCCGACAGAGUUCUCUACCUUGUUCACGGAGAGAAAAAAAUCCGCUCGUCGUUGUCUACACUUUAUUUUUGCCGGUAUUGCAGUGAAUUGCGUUCCUUAGAAUGUGUGUCUCACGAGGUGGACUCCCAUUACUGUCCGAGCUGCCUGGAGAAUAUGCCUUCAGCGGAGGCAAAGCUGAAGAAGAACAGGAAGAGGAUAUGCAACCAGCUGAACGAAAACUUCAGGUGUGCCAACUGCUUCGACUGCCCGUGCUGCAUGCACACCCUGUCCACCCGGGCAACCAACAUCCCAGCCCCUCUUCCUGACGACCCCAGCAAGACGGCCAUGAAGAAGGCCUACUACCUGGCCUGUGGCUUCUGUCGCUGGACAUCCAGAGAUGUGGGCAUGGCUGACAAGUCUGUGGCCAGUGGAGGAUGGCAGGAGCCGGACAACCCUCAUACUCAACGGAUCAAUAAACUGAUAGAGUAUUACCAGCAGCUGGCCCAGAGAGAGAAACUGGAGAGGGACCGGAAGAAGCUGGCCAGGAGACGACCCUACAUGCCUCUGGCCUUCUCGCAACACACUAUUCAUGUGGUGGAGAAGUAUGGUCUGGGUACCAGACUACAGAGACAGAGACCUGGAGCUCCUAUCACCAGUCUGGCUGGUCUUUCUCUGAAGGAAGGUGAAGACCAAAAGGAGAUUAACAUAGAGCCAGCCCAGGCCUUAGACGAGGUGGAACCACUGCCUGAAGACUACUACACCAGACCAAUCAACCUACCCGAGGUGACAUCCUUACGUCAGCGGCUGCUCCAGCCUGACUUCCAGCCAGCCGGAGCCUCUCAGCUCCACCCCAAACACAAACACCUGUUGAUCAAGCGCUCUCUGCGAUGCAGGAAAUGUGAGCACAAUCUGAGCAAGCCAGAAUUCAACCCAACUUCAAUAAAGUUCAAAAUCCAACUGGUGGCUGUGAGUUACAUCCCUGAGGUCAGAAUAAUGUCCAUUCCAAACCUGCGCUUCCAGAAGGAGUGCCAGGUGCUGCUCACCCUGACCAACCCCGUGGAGAGUAUUACCCACGUCACCCUGAUGGGUUGUGAGGAAGGAGACCCAGAGGACAUCAACAGCACUGCGAAGGUGAUGGUUCCUACCAAGGAGUUGGUCCUGGCAGGGAAGGAUGCUGCAGCAGAUUACGACGAGUUGGCUGAGCCGCAGGACUUUCAGGACGACCCAGACGUGAUUGCCUUCAGGAAAUCCAAUAAGAUCGGUUUCUUCAUCAAGGUGGUCCCUCAGCGCGAGGAGGACGGGGAUGUCACGGUGUCCUUUAAGAUUCGCCACGACUUCCGGAAUUUGGCGGCUCCCAUAAGGCCGAGCGAGGAGGACGAUGCCCCAACCGAGGCAAUAUGGCUCACACACCACGUAGAGCUCAGCCUGGGGCCGCUCGUAGCGUGAAGUUACACACACUGAAUACACACACACACACGUUAACAGAAACACAAAAUACAUAUAUACACUGAGUGUACAAAACAUUAAGAACACCUGCGCUUUCCAUGACAGACUGACAAGGUGAACCCAGGUGAA